AUGGUGGACGGCAUGCUGGAGUCUCAUGUGAACAUCGCUCCACACUUCUUCUGCACGCCAGAACCACUCAUCAACCGUAGGGGCUUCGCUCUGGCCCGGGGUCCACGGAGCCAGGGCCGGCUGAGAGCCUACUGGAAGGGGGUCAACCCAGACGUAGUAGCUAAUGUAGUAGUUUUUGGGACAGGCAGAGUUGGAAAAUCUGCGCUGACAGUCCGCUUCUUAACUAGAAGAUUCAUUGGAGAAUAUGGGGAUAUUGAAUCAAUCUUCAGCCACAAUGUUAUCGUGGAUGGAAGGGACAUAACUUUUAACAUCUGGGAUUCACCGUAUUAUCAGGACCUGUCCAGGGAGACCUCCCUAUAUGAGAAGAGAGUCCAGUGGGCAGACGGUUUUGUCCUGGUCUAUAGCAUCUGUGACAGGGCCAGCUUCAACGCUGUCACCAAGCUGAUCCAGUUCAUCAAGGACAACCUGGGCAUGGACAAGGUGCCCAUUGUGAUUGUGGGCAACAAGAAGGACCUGAAUCACAGACGGACAAUCCUCAGUGAGGAGGGCAGACUGCUAGCCUUCACCACAGCCUGCCAGUUCUAUGAGGUUACAGCUGCUGAGAACUACCACAGCAUCCUCAUGGUAUUUCACAGACUAAUAGACAGGAUACUGGCUUCCAAGACAUCCAUUAAGAGGCCAGCUGGAAUCAAGGGUAUAGUGAAAAGCAUGUCUGCAGUUUUUACCAGGAAAUGACCAGAUUCGCUGUGAUACUAUGGCACAGAGAGGAAUACAUUAUACAGUGCAUUUGAAAAUAAUUUUGUAAUGUUACAGCCUUAUUCUAAAAUUGAUUAAAUUAUU